AUGUCCAGCCACUCGAACGGCAAAGCGGCCUCUGGUUCUCAGACUCCCGCUGUUACAGAGAAGAAGAUCGAGCAAAUCAAAGCAGCAGCUCAGAAUCUAGCUCAGCAACUUGAUGAAUUGAAUCUGAACAGUGCAGCUGGGGGAGAACUAGUCUCCUUCAAAUUUGUUGGGCAGGUCAAUUGGCCCUUCGCAGCUACUGUUGCUGUCGUGACAGGUGGAACUACCUACAUUGCAGAUGCCUUGAUCCGAGCCAGGUACCAGGUACAUGUGCAAUCGACAACUCGAACUGGUGCAUACCAGAGUGUUGAUAUGCUCCUUUCCCCGCCCUCCCCAACUUCGAACGUGCAGCAGGACUGGAAUGCGGCGGUCAAUGCAGAUGUCCAGAAAGACGGCCAUAUCAAUGAGGGCGUCAAGGAGGAGUCGGCUGUUGUCUACUAUCGCAACCACAUUGCCAACAUCAAGGCUGUUCUGAGCGAGAGCUUUGAUAAUGCUCUGGCUGAUAGUGGCGAUGCAUAG